AUGGACUCACUCGGGUCGCUGGCUGCGCGCAAGAUGGACCGCUCAGCAGCCUCGAGACAGAAGAGCUGCAACGCCUGCGUGAGAGGGAAGCGCAAGUGCGACAAGAAGACCCCCCGCUGUACUCGCUGUGCGGCAAAGGGCCUCGACUGUGUAUACCAGAGAUUGCCGCCAGGGGCCAACUUUCACGACGACGAUCUGUGUGCCGGUCUUGGCGCUACUGACAAUCUGGACGAAGUCCCUGAUUUUGAUAUGGGCUUCGAUAUCAACAACUUGGGAGCAGACUCGAGUGCCAGCACCAGCACCAGCACCAGCACCAGCAACCCCACGCCCGAUAGCUUCGACAGAGUCACCACAUCGUCGAUAGAGCUCGACUCUCCCCUUGACUUCUCCAUCAUCGACCAUCUCAUGGCCAACGAUACAUCUCUUGGUUCCGAGCUAUGGAACAUGGGUGACUAUGGCAACAACAAGCUCGGUAUACCGCCCGUGCCAGCAGGGCCUAUCGUCCUCCGCGAUGUGGCUGUUCUGGAUAGAGUAGAUGCCUGCUUGGCCGACUUCAACCCGCUGGACGUGUACGACCCUCGUACCCGCGUGGGAUACACAGUAGAUAUCAUCACCAACCUCUACCGGGACUUCGCUCGGACUCGCCGGCUGCCCUUCAUCCACCCCCGUCUCUACGGCUCCAACCUCCCAAAGACCAUGCUAGCAGCCUUCUCAGCGGCGUCAGCCUAUUCAGCGCGAACUCCCGAGAACAAAGGCUGGGUGUACAAGCUCAUCACCGACAUGGCCAAGGAGAUCCAUCGCGAGGGUGAGCGGGCCUCGACGCCGGCGGAGAAGCUGGCGCGGGUGCAGGCUCUGGUUGUUCUGGACUCUAUCCGUAUGUUCGACGGCGACGUUACUCUGAGGGCAACGAGCGAGCGCGAGAUGUCGCAGUUUAUUGCGUGGAUGUUUGCUCUGAAAGAGGUGGAAGAGGAGUUGUCAGUGGGGGAUGAGCCUGGUGCUACAACGAUGAAAGGUCCACCUCCACCAAGCUGGGAGAGUUGGCUGCUUGCCGAGAGUAUACGCCGAACCACUGUCAUGUCAUUUGCUUUCGUCUGCAUGACAAGCAUACUCAAGUCCCUUGAGCCACCGUGCGGUAUCAUGGAGGGGCCAGCCUUUCAGUUCACUGCAUCGAGAUACCUCUGGGAAGCCGAUUCGUCAAUGGCCUUCUAUCGGGCGUGGCAGACCAAACCACAAUACCCGGUGCGGAAUCUCGACUUCAAGGGUGUCUGGUUGCAUGCCCAGCCUGAGGAUGUUGAUGAGUUUACGAAGCUAAUGCUUACUGCACAAAUGGGCCCCGAAGCUAUUGAUCAGUUCAUGAUGGGUGCUACGUGUUGA